AUGGAAUUUCCAGAAGAGGAUCCUGACCUGCUUAAUGAAGAGACAUUUGACUGUGCAGAGAUAGGUGACUGGGAAGGUGAACAUGAAUUAUUUGUCCAGAAUCUCAACGAAGACCCUCAGAGGUCGCCAGCGGCAGAUGAGCUGCCGAAAUUUUGGAAAGACUCUGAUGAUCUAUCGUUUUUAUGGCAGUCAGAUAGCUUGAGUUGUGGUACAGCUCCAGGAGACGAUGGUGGUGAAGGGGCUGUUGACGUUGAAGAAACUCUGAAGAAGCUGGUUUUGGAUGAAGCCUUUGAAGAUCCGGCAAUUCUUGAUAUAUCCAGAAAAGUUUCGUAUCCAAAAUUCAAUGAAAAGUCAUUUCAGAAUCUAAGAAACGCUCCUGCAUACCCGACUGCCUCAACGAAUAUUUUUGAUGGUUCUCGAGAUAUCUGGAGCAUCGAUAGCUGUAACGACACAGGUCUCACACCAGAGAGCAGCUCCUUAUCGGAUUCCAGCUCCAAAAGUAUCGCUAGCAUUAUUCAGUCACUAACCGCGUGUGCUCCGUCGAAUUCUUCUGAAGCUUUUGCACAAAAUAACUUAUUGCACAUGCCAAGUGCAGAAUCUCAAACUGUGGGUCUUGCCGCGACCGAAGGAACCAAGCUUUCUCAGUCUAGCUUUCUAACUGCGAAUUUUCCUGGUAGCCAGCAUAGUUCUAAGUCUUCAACCAUUACUGGCAGUCAGACAUAUCAUCCACAAGCGAAUCAAAAUCGAUCAGCUUACCGAACUGAAAUGGCCACAAAUUCUGCAUCUCCGGAAGUUUUGAAGGGACAAUCACCUCAUGAUCCCAGUGUGCUCCUAACGCUGCUAACACUUCGGUCUCUCUUUUCAUUCAUGCCCACUUCACAGUUGAGUCAUUCUCAAAUACAAAGUUUGUUCAAUUUAGUAUUGAUGAGUAAUCAACGUCUUCUUCAAAACCCACGUCCAGCGUUUGUAGUCCCUUCUAAUCAACGCAAUCCUUUACUCAUAUCCCCUGAAGUCUCUGGACCGCUGGGUUCAAACAUGCAAUCAAAUAUUUCGCCAUACCUUCUUCGCUUUCCAGUGCAUUCUGUAAAUGUUGAUUCUAAGCAACCUGUCUGUCAACCAUCACCUGUUGUAUCUUCAAAACAGCCAGCAGUAUCCGUUGGUGUUAUUGGUGAAGCCACCUCGGUAAAAGAUGUGGACCCCAAUCGAGGUAGCUGGAUGACAGAUUAUGAGUCAAUCGGUGUACUACUAAUUCAACUGCGUCCAUUAAUGGUGUCUAAUCCUUAUGUUCAAGAUUACUAUUUCGCUUGUCGUUGGCUACGAAACAUGAAUGCAAUUCGAGCCAAACAAAUCGCUAACGAAAGUCUUAAUGAUUCUCAGUCGCCUUAUCAAAAAUCCUUAAGAUACAAAUUGGUUAUCCCUUUUUCUUCUGUGAAUAUCAUUCAAUCUCCCGACCAGACUGUGGAAGAAAACAAUAACACCGUAGAGAAAUCUCAUGAAAACAAUGAACCUCCUAAUCCGGAUUCCAGUAAUGCAUUAGGACGUCCAACAAGAUCAAAUGUGCAUCGACCACGUGUGGUUGCAGAGUUGUCAUUAGUCUCUGCCCUCACAAAUGGUCCUGAACAAGCAACAGAAAAAUCUUCAAAUGAUAAACUUAAUGACUCCGGAUCGGACUUGAAUCAAUCCACAGCGUCAUCGUCUUCUGUUGUAUCUAGUCGUCGACGGCGUCUUCUUUUGGCUCAAAUCGAACGCAUGUUUUCAAUACUGUUAAUUUUGGACGAGGUGGCUCUGUCUCUUGAAAGAGUUGUUGUGCAAAAUGACACACGUGCUCGUUUACUGGACUAUCGACGAGAAUUAGUUGAUCAGUUAGUCAGUGAAUUGUUCAAAUUACCUGGGAAAACGAGUAAAGAAAUCUGUGAAACACUACCUAAAAAUAAAUUAUUACAUUUAACAGAAAGUGUAUUCACUAUUCAUAAAGGAAUGCGUUUAUGGUCAUUGACACUACAAUAUCUUCCUAAUAAUGUUAAAGAGGAUUUUCUGGCGGAAUUUAUCAAUGAUUUUAUACACCUUCUUAAAUUAUGGCCAACAACAUUAGAUGAAGCUGCUGCAAUUUUUUAUCCAUCUUUACGUGAAGUUAUCUAUCAAAUGAGAAAUAUCAACGACUUUUUACAAUUAUGCUUUCCUGAUGCAUUAGGAAGCAUUAAUGCUAUUGCAGAUAACUCAGAAUUAACAAUUCCCAUAUCUGAUAACCUGAAAUGCCUUUUGGCGUGUAAACUUGGCCUAUCUUUGAUUUUCUGUUUACUCGAUGCAUGUGCUCGUGCCUCCAAUCCAACUGACCCAUCUCAUUUUAUUCAGUUUGGAGCAUACUUCAGCUAUAUGAAUUCAUUUGUUGAUCUUAGCAACCAAACCGAUGAUGAUCGCCCACGUGUAAUGGAAUCUUUCCCACACUUGGCAUCAAUUCUCAUGUUGUACAUUAAGCCAUCAAGAUAUCAUUAUGUGGUCACUGAUGAGCAUUUGAAUGUAUUUUGUGAACUAGCAAAAGGGACUACUAAAUUACUCCCUAAUGAUAAUAAUAAUAAUAAUAUUGAAAGAAAUAACUUAUUGUCAACUAACAGUAUUAUGUCUAGUCGAACAAGUGAUUUCCAUCCUUAUACAAUGAACAAUAAUAAUAAUAGUGCCAAUUUAAAUAGCUAUAAUCAACAACAUAAAAUUAUUGAAAAUGAUCCGCCAAAAACAGCUGUGGGGGCUAAUUACUCACCUAUUCCAAUAAAAUACCUAUUUAAUGUUAUCAAAGCGUUGGUGGAGGGGGGAACACGUCACGUACGCGCUCCAUCUACAUGA